GGUUCCAAGCUAGAGAGAAGUCUAGUUCCAUGGCCCCAUCCAAAAAUCACUUUUAAUAAAAAUAAAAAAAAUAAAACACGGAACACACGCCCUCACUUUUAUCCAGAGGUCGCCUUCUCUCUCUCUCUCACGCACAAGCUCAAAGCUCAGAGAUUCCUCCCCCUCCUCUUCUGCUUUUUCUCGCUUCCUCGCUCUUGAUAACUGAAGAACUGAGCGGAUGGCAAAAGGUUUGAUAUGGGCGACAGCAGAGGAUUUGGCAAGGAACAGAGGACGUGUUAUAUCUCUUUAUCGUCAGAUACUGCGAAGUCUUAACUCGCCAAGUUUGCCUCUUAAUUUAGCAGAAAGACUGGCUAAGAAGGCUGAAGUUCGUGCGAUCUUUAUGCUGGGAUCUGAGGAGACAUCAGUACACAACAUUGAAGACCUUUUUGACACUGCUGAAUAUGCUCUCUCCAUCCUCAAAAAAGGUGAGAUCCCAAAUACGAGGAAUCCACUCUGAGGAGGGCUACCGCCUGACUGGACACUUUGAAAUGCCUUGCUUGACAGUUACAAGGGAUGUACACGAACAAAGAAUUGUCUCAAACUAUGACAGGUUUCUGUUCUAGUUUUCUUCAAUUUUGUCCAGUUGGCUUAUUGAGAUGGGGGAACAGAUGUUUUAGGUUGUCGAUAAAACAAAUGUUUGUUGGGAUUAAGCUCAGUUAAGUUAUUUACUCCUCGAUGGACUGGAAAUUAAGAUUUGGAUUCUUUGGGAUCCUGCUGCACUA